AUGAGUUUCCUGAAGUGGGUUUCUCUAGUUCUCGCGUUUGUUCUAUCUACAUAUGUUCAUCAAUCAUCCGCUUCAUUCAGCCCUGUGGAUCGCUACUUAAUCGCUUGUGGUUCUUCCCAAAACGUAACUUUUCUUGGUCAGACUUAUGUUCCUGAUUCAGACGAAUCAUCAAUGAUCAUUCUGAAUAGCAACCAGAAUUCAAACACACUCCAUUCCAAUUCCACCGUUCCAUUACCCAUCCACCAAUCGGCCCGAUUGUUCACCACCACAUCCUCUUACAAGUUCGACAUCAAGAAACAGGGUCGGCAUUGGGUCCGUCUAUACUUUUACCCAAUUCCAUCCCACAACCUCACAUCUUCUUCCUUCAGUGUAGUCACCCAAAACUUCGUGCUCUUAAACAAUUACAGUUUCAAAAGCUACAGCGGUUCUAGUCAUCUCUUUAGAGAAUACUCGAUCAACGUGACUUCCGAUACAUUGCUUCUCAAUUUCGUCCCUUCAAACAACUCGGUCGCAUUCAUCAAUGCAAUUGAAGUUAUCUCCAUCCCUGACAAUAUGAUCCCCGACGAGGCUACAUUCGUGUUCCCAUCUGCCACAAUUAGCGGUCUAUCAGAUCGCGCCUUUGAAACUGUGCAUCGUUUGAAUAUGGGUGGCCCGAAAUUAACUCCUAAAAAUGAUACAUUAGGAAGAACAUGGGAAAACGAUAACAAGUAUCUCCAUGUGAAUGGUUCUGCUGCAAAUGUCUCGAUCAGCCCAUCGAUGAUAAAAUACACCGAAAGUGUCACACCAGAAAUCGCACCGAAUUGGGUGUACGCAACCGGUCAAACAAUGGGAGAUGCCAACGUCGCCAAUUUGGAUUUCAACAUCACUUGGGUUCUUCCUGUGGAUCCAGAUUUCACUUACUUUGUGCGUUUACAUUUUUGCGAUAUUGUGAGCACCUCGCUGUAUACCCUCGUGUUCAAUUUGUAUAUAAACUCCGAGACUGCUUUUACUGAUCUUGAUUUAUCGAGCUUAACUGGUAACCUCGAUGUCCCUGCUUACAAAGAUUUUAUAUGCAAUUCGUCUGGUGACCAGAGUACUCUGACUAUUAGCAUUGGACCGGAUCUAGUUGCUGAAGAUACAAACGUGCUUUUGAAUGGUCUUGAAAUCUUGAAAAUUAGCAAUGAAGCUAGAAGCUUAGAUGGGGUUAAUUCGGUUGAGAAUCUUGUUGUGUUUCCGAAAAAGAACAAGAAGACAGGUGUCAUUGUGGGAUUAAUUGUUGGGGUUUCAGCUGUUAUAAUUCUACUCGGUGUUUGCUUUUGUUGUGUGGUGGCCCGAAGGUCGAAAAUGAGCCACCCGAAGCCUUCAUGGCUCCCUCUUCCAUUACAUGGAAACUCACUCACAAUGACAAAGAUGUCAACCGCGUCCCAAAAAAGCGCAACCGCAAGUUGCAUUUCAUUAGCUUCGUGCAAUCUUGGAAGAAACUUUACUUUUCAAGAAAUCAUGGAUGCCACAAACAAAUUCGAUGAAAAUUUGCUUCUUGGAGUGGGUGGUUUCGGUAGGGUUUACAAGGGUACAAUGGAAGAUGGGACCAGUGUAGCUGUUAAAAGAGGAAACCCGCGAUCCGAACAAGGUCUCGCGGAAUUCCGAACCGAAAUCGAGAUGUUAUCGAAGCUUCGGCACCGUCAUCUCGUAUCCCUAAUCGGGUAUUGUGAUGAACGGUCUGAAAUGAUCCUUGUUUAUGAGUACAUGGCAAAUGGCCCCCUCAGGAGCCAUUUGUACGGUACAGAUCUCCCGCCGUUGCCAUGGAAGCAACGGCUGGAGAUCUGUAUCGGAGCUGCUCGUGGUUUGCAUUAUCUCCACACAGGUGCAAACCAGAGCAUAAUUCACCGUGAUGUGAAAACGACAAACAUAUUGUUAGAUGAGAAUUUUGUAGCGAAAGUCGCGGAUUUCGGGCUCUCGAAAGCGGGCCCGUCUCUCGACCAAACCCAUGUCAGCACGGCUGUGAAGGGUAGUUUCGGGUAUUUAGAUCCCGAAUAUUUCAGACGACAACAGUUAACAGAAAAAUCCGAUGUUUAUUCUUUCGGGGUUGUUUUGAUGGAAGUCAUCUGUACAAGACCGGCUUUAAAUCCGGUUCUUCCGAGAGACCAAGUCAACAUUGCUGAGUGGGCGAUGACGUGGCAAAAGAAGGGAAUGUUGGAUCAAAUUAUGGAUGGGAAUCUUGUUGGGAAAGUGAACAUGUCUUCUCUGAAGAAAUUUGGUGAGACUGCUGAGAAGUGUUUGGCUGAAUAUGGAGUUGACAGGCCUUCCAUGGGAGAUGUUUUAUGGAACUUGGAGUAUGCUUUGCAGCUUGAAGAGACUUCAGCAGCUUUAAUGGAACCUGAAGAUAACAGCACAAAUCAUAUACAAGGGAUCCCAUUUACUCCCAUUGAGCCCUUUGAACACAGCACAAGUAUGAUCGAUGGGGCCCAGUCCUGCACAGAUGAAGAUGCCACAAGUGCUGUGUUUUCUCAACUUGUUAAUCCACGAGGAAGAUGA